AUGACAGAGUUCAAUGGUUCGUGCCUAUGCUCAGGUAUCCAGUUUUCCCUCCAGGGGGAGCCACAGGGUGUCUUCGCCUGCUACUGUACCGACUGCUCCAUGAAUGCGGGGGGACCGUGCCAAUUUACAUCUAGAUUUUCCCGUUCCCAGCUGCAGGUUCAAGACCCCCAGUCUCUCAUCAAGGUGUUUGUGAUCACCCAAGGCACGGACAGUGGAUAUCCCAAGGAGAAGCACUUUUGCGGGACAUGUGGAUGUACGCUGUGGACAGUCCCGAGGAAGCAUGGGGGCGAGGUGAUUGUCGUUCGGACGAGUCUGAUUAAAGACGGAUUGACUCGAUUGCCUCCUCGUACGGAGGUAUUCGUGCGGAACAAGCCAGAGUAUUUCACGGGUUGUUCAGAUAUCAAAAGUUUUGAUGGAAUGUUUACCUAG